UUUUACGCCUAUUCAUACAGAGUGGCACAAAUUACGAGUGCGAAGCUUGAUCGACAGCUAACGACGUUGUAAGCAGCAGCUAACGAUGCUAAAAGUCAAAUCAAUCUUGUUUUGUUUGACUGAAUCAAGAACUAAAUGAAAUUCGAAUUGAGAUCAAACCAGUCUUGAGAAUAAACCCUUAAAUUCGAACUUGAACCCAAUGCAAGGAAGUACCAAUUGCAGAGUAACUUUUUAAUGUUUGCACUUCUUUUCUAAACUUACGUUUACUUCAUGUGAUUAUUGAGUAAUUUCAAAAAUUAAUAAAUAUAUCUUAGCUUUGAUAACCUUAAGUCUUUAAUUUGGACAGGAACGGACGGUGACAGAGUCAAACGCAUAACUUACCUACUCUUAACUGUAGGAUAUGCGUCUACCGAGCCCAAUGACGUCAGUGCUAGCUGCAUUCAUGUAUAUCUUAAUGCUUGCUUCAAUGACUUCUGCUUACGGCUUGAUGAAAACAUGGUAUGGGAAAUCGCUGCCGUGGAAAACAUGUUUUCCUAUGUCUUGGGGUGUUCGGGUAAGAACAUAUUUUUUCGAUAGAGUCAUAAACAUCAUAUUAAGUGACGAAGAUGCAGAAUUAGGAUAUGUUCCACUUUCUACGGGAGUUAUCCUAGAUAGAAACCGAGUGCUAACUUCAUACAACCCGUUUAAAAAAAUUUCAAAAAGUGCUUCCAUGAUACCGAACAUUAAUUUUCAAAUGAUUAGUGGACGUCGAAGAGAAAGUGGAAUGUGUUAUCAUACUCUUACUGUUUUUGAAAUGUGGUCGGGUCGUCAAGUAACGUUUACACCAGAUGAAAGUAUCCCAAUCAGGAGUUGGCAUGGUCGGGGAGCUGAAAGGCACUCCCCUGUCCACGACCUGAUGGUGUUCAGGGUAGUGCCUGCUUUUGAAGAAAUUUUCAAUUUCUCCAAUCUACAGGAACAUGAGAUAGAGGUGGGAAUGCAGAAUCUAAUGUUUAAGAUGCCUGUCGCUAAACAUGGAGAUAAGUUGGAAUAUCCCUUACAGUAUUGCCAAAUGAAUAUAAACGGAAGAAGAAGUCUUCAGUACUAUUUUUUUGUCACCACUGAUGAUGUUAUAGUGAAUUGUGAUAGCUAUAUACCUAAAUUCUGGGGACACUUUAUCUGUCUUCGGAAUAUUCAUAAUAUACGAGGUCUCACAUCCGGAGCUCUAUUAGUGUCGAAUCAGACACUGUUCGGAGUUGGUAGCUUCGCGUUGAAACGGGAACAAAUAGGUAUUUUAGUGUUCACUGACGUGCGCCCCUACCACGACCUCAUCAUGAACGCUAUGACAGACGAAGACACAAAAGAAGAGAACGAAUAGUGGAGAGUUAACAAAAGUUCUCAAACACGUUUUCACUAAGAUCAAUUUUGUUUUAAAUAGGAUUUUUUGACAAAAUUUGUAUACGUCCACACACAUUUACAUUGAGAGCACUUUUGUAUUCCAUCUACUUUAAUUUAGUUAGAUGUUUAAAUAAUUUUGAUAUAUCUUUCUUUUAUUUUCAUAUUUUUAUAUCCGCGUACCGUAAGUAGAGUUCAUUGUUUCGUGUGAAAGUUUAUAAAUCUGUUCUUGAGGGGCAGUACUCAAAAGAAAGAUAUGGUUUUAUUUAAAUACGCUCUGUACUAAUAUACAAAUGCUUUGUACAAGCACUAGAUGGCGUUAGACAUCAUGUUAGUUAUUGCCCUUAUAAAGAGUGAUUAAUAAAUGUCCCAAUCUAAUGCGUGGUUGUUUGAUUUAUCAGUUUGUUCAAGGGAGUCUGUACAGAUACUGAUAUUGUGAACAAUUUGGAAAUGAAAUUACACGUCAAUCCGUAAAGAAAAUUGACAUCCUCGUCCUCCCUCCCGGGAUACUGUAAUUUAAUGUUAUACCAAACAUUCAUCAUCGGCCUA